AUGCCUCAAUUCAGCGAUACAUCCCAAUGUCAGCGGUGGCUGUUUUCUUCACCUGAAGUGCUGCAGGCGGCAAGGAGAGCUGCAUACACAUCAGGCCCUGUCCUGACCAAUUCUCUGCGCUACCGGCAGAGUGAGUACCCUCUGAAGAACGCUCCGUUAAGCUUUGCGAACUAUAUGAUCUCCAGUCAAAUCAUUAAUCCCUAUCAGACCAUUGCUCUCGCCCUUUGCGAUCUGAAUAACGAGAAAGCAAAGAAUUUGGGCCGGUUUGUGGUGGCUUGUGACUUUAACGAAGUUAUAGCUCUAUCUGUAUUCGCUCGACAGUUUAUCACGCAAGGCGUUAGAAAGUACCCAGAGAUACAGACGGCCUAUAACCGCAUGACUCAGCGGUUCUCGGCCUUCAACUCGGACAUUCUGCACAAGUCUUUUCUCUAUUACCAGGUGAAGACAGCGGAGGUUCUAGCCCGGCGAAUGACGUGUUUUCUUGUCGUCUCCCUGAUCCACCCACUGUCUCCGCUUUUGAUAAGCAUUCUUCUCAGCUUCAAGAUAGGUUCUUGUGACUGCUUUCAGCGCCGGGAGACGUAUGUCCCAAGGCUCUAUGACUCACGGUACAUCACAGACAGUCCGUACUUAGAGGAAGCCUGCGGCAUCCGUGCAGAUGACCCGGUGAAGGACAUCAAGCUCAGGGAUCUCAACAAAAAGACUGGAGAACUGUUCAGCGAAAUUUAUCGCACCAUGAAAAAGCAUGAACUAUAUCUGCUCCAAAAGCUAGAUUUUUCAGUCUAUUGUGUUCUUGCGGAUGAUUACAUAGACGAUGAAUUCAUUUCUUCCACCCUUCAAAGUGCUAGGAUUAAGCUGGGACACGAUCCUGAGACAGUGAUUACGUAUAAUCUGAUUGAAACGGAGCUGGAGUUUGUGCUAACAGCUACUAGAUUAACAGACAGUUAUCUCCUCUGUGAACCAGAAGUUAUCGCGGUGUUUUGUGUGGUGGAAGGUGUCCUUCUCUAUGCGCAGAGGCACUCCAUCUCCUUAAACACUACACGAGAGGAUGCUUAUGCUGCCAUAGCGUCUGCUUUGGCCCUAAGAGACCCCCAAGUAGGUAUUAAGCUAGCAUUGAUAAGGGACACCCUCUUCUACUUCAUAUGUGAAUCUGUACCAGAUGUUCCCGAGGAGAUACGUAAUGAUGCUAAGAGAGCUGCUGAUCUAAUUAUGCCCAUGAAAUCUGUGGAAUACCAGAUCAAAGACUACCUCGAAUUUCUGCGAAAAUACUUCUCUUUUAAGGUUGUUAUGCUCAAGAUAGACUAA